AUGACUGACCAAUUGAAGAAUGCUGAGCCUAGACUUGUUGGUGAGACUCUUGAGAGAUUUUGUAAAUAUAUUAGUGCUCCCAUAUGCACGACAUUAGCCUGUCUCAGAAACUACAAUCAAAGAGAGAGAGAGAUCAGAAGUAUGGGAGAUUCAAUUAGGCUGGAAGCAGAUGCCAUCGGUGUUAUCGUGCUGAGGUGCGUCAUCGCUGUCAGCGUGGUGGUGUACGCCUUCCGGCAAUGGCCGUUGCACCGCCGGCAGGAGAAGCAAGAAGGUGAAGCCCCAGAUGCCCCACCCGUUAAUCUCCUAGGUGGUUGA